AUGACUCAGGAAAUGCUGAGGCUAAUUCAUGGUACUGGUGGUGAGAGCGACGAUGGAGACGUGUACAAGGAGGCGCUCGAUGGUUCGAAUAGACAGACAGGUACAAACAGAAGAGAAUUGUCUGAUGGAAAGCGCUCCAUGAAUAUGGACUCAUCAGAUGGUAAACCUGCUGAGACCGCGGGGCUCGAUGAGGUCAGAUUGCAGACUGGAUUCCAAAAGGAAGAGCCGUCUUGCAUCAAGGAUGACGAUCGAGACAUGGAGGACUUCAAUAAUAAGACUCACAGUGAAAGUCCAAGCAAGGAGGCCUGUUUCGAAAAUAAUCCGACGCUUGGGCAUAGCAGACGAACCAAAUUCCAGAAUCACACUAAACAAAGACGCAUCGGGGGCAGAGUUUCAGAAAACCAACCUGAUUAG